GUAUCAUAUUUUAAUCUAUGCAUGACUAAACCAAACUUUGUCCAGCUGUCCGCGUUUAGGUUAGACGACGUACGCGUUAAUACAGUGAUGUAUUAUAACAUAAUAGUACUGAGACUGUAAUUAAAAAUAACGUUGCUAAACGAAGUCCGAGACGAAAGAUGGGUGUUCCAGCAUUUUUUCGUUGGUUAAGCCGCAAAUAUCCCUCUGUAAUUGUCCAGUGCAUCGAGCAAAAGCCAAUAUCUCCGGAUGGAAUAUGCAUUCCUGUGAAUUCAGCAGAACCAAAUCCAAAUGGAGUGGAAUUUGAUAAUUUGUACCUUGAUAUGAAUGGUAUAAUACAUCCCUGUACACAUCCUGAGGAUAAGCCAGCACCUAAAGAUGAGGAUGAGAUGAUGGAGGCUAUUUUUGAAUGUAUUGACAGAUUAUUUCGUAUUGUGAGACCAAGGAAAUUGCUUUACAUGGCGAUCGAUGGAGUCGCGCCUAGAGCUAAGAUGAAUCAGCAAAGAUCUCGACGAUUUCGAGCAUCAAAAGAAACAAUGGAAAAAAUUAAUGAAAUAGAUAGGAUACGUACUGAAUUGAGCCUUAAAGGGGCAUCCUUGCCUCCAGAGAAGCCAAAAGAAGAGCAUUUUGAUAGUAAUUGUAUUACACCGGGCACACCAUUUAUGGCAAGAUUAUCUUCAUGUUUGCAUUAUUACAUUCAUGAUCGUUUGAAUAAUGACCCAGGUUGGAGAAAUAUUAAAGUAAUAUUAAGUGAUGCUAAUGUUCCCGGUGAAGGAGAACAUAAAAUAAUGGAUUUUAUACGGCGACAAAGAGCACAACCCGAUCAUGAUCCCAAUACACAACAUGUUUUAUGUGGAGCGGAUGCUGAUUUAAUUAUGUUGGGUCUCGCUACACACGAGCCUAAUUUUACUAUUAUUCGUGAAGAGUUUAAAAUGAAACCAAAACCAUGCGAUAUAUGUGGUCAAUUAGGGCAUGAAAUGCGAGACUGUACAGGUGCAGAACCAAACCAAAAACCAGAGGAGAACACAUAUGGAUCUGAAUGCCAGUACAUAUUUGUACGAUUAAACGUUCUAAGAGAAUAUUUAGAGAGAGAAUUGUAUAUGCCAAAUCUACCAUUCAAAUAUGACUUUGAGCGUGCUGUCGAUGAUUGGGUGUUUAUGUGUUUCUUCGUAGGAAAUGAUUUUCUACCUCACCUUCCUUCUUUAGAAAUUAGAGAAGGUGCAAUUGACAGACUUGUUGCUUUAUAUAAAAAAGCAGUAUAUAAAACAGGAGGUUUCUUAACGGAUAGUGGCGAUGUUAAUCUAGAUCGUGUUCAAUUAAUAAUGUCAGAUCUUGGUGAUGUAGAAGAUGAGAUUUUUAAGAAAAGACAACAAAAUGAAUUAGCUUAUAAACAACGUGAAAAAGAGAAGAAGAAAAGAAGUGAAGUUAUUAGUAGUUUUAAACCAACAUGGAUUCCUGCAGGACAAUUUGCGCCCACUGCUCUUGGACAAAAAGUGAAACCUAUAGAGAACCCACGUUAUGAAGCUUUUAAAAUGCGCGUUAUGGGUAGAAAUUAUAAUACAAAUGCUGCCGAUAAUACAAACACUAACCAUGCUUUAGAAAGCAUGCUUAGACCUGAGAAUGCAGGUAAUAGAGGACAGAAACGUAAAAUUGAUGAAGUUACAUCAAAGGAUGAUUCAGAUGAUGACCAAGCGCAUGAUGAAGUGCGACUUUGGGAGGAUGGUUUUAAAGAUCGAUACUAUGAAUCUAAAUUCGAUGUAUCUCCCGAUAAUCUCGCGUUUAGAAAUAAUGUUGCUUUACAAUACGUGCGGGGCUUGUGUUGGGUUUUGCGAUAUUAUUAUCAAGGUUGUGCAUCCUGGAGAUGGUAUUUUCCAUAUCAUUAUGCGCCAUUUGCAAGUGAUUUUAUUAAUAUUGGCGGUCUUUCUACAGAAUUUGAGAAGGACACUGUACCUUUUCGUCCAUUAGAACAAUUAAUGGGUGUAUUUCCUGCUGCUAGCAGUAAACAUGUACCUGUACCAUGGGCGAAGUUAAUGACUGAUCCAAAAUCGCAAAUUAUCGAUUUUUACCCAGAAGACUUUAAAAUCGAUUUGAAUGGAAAGAAAUUUGCUUGGCAAGGUGUAGCUUUGCUUCCAUUUGUUGACGAGAAGAGAUUAUUUAAAGCUUUAGCACCAUAUUAUGACAGUUUAACAGAAGCAGAAAAAAAAAGAAAUGUUCGCGGUGACGACAGAUUGUACGUCGGAAUAGGCAACAACGGUUACAACUUCAUAAAAGGUCUAUAUACGAAUCGCGUAGGCUUCGAUAAGGAAGUCGAAAUAAGUAUCGAUGGAAUGCGAGGCACCGGGUUCCUAUCAGAAGAUUGCGUGAGUGAUGGGGGUACGUUACCCUCGCCCGUAAGGGGCUUGCCAGUUAGGAACAACAAAAUAUACUGCAUUAAAUAUAAAGAUCCCAAGUAUGGUAGCAAUCAUAUUUUCCUCGCUCGAAAACUGAAGGGGGCAAAGGAGCCACCACGAGUCUUGAAACCACAAGACUUUGACGCUAUGAAUCGCAAAAAUGGGAAUCAGUGGACGCCGCAAAUCGGUUUCACCCGAACUACACAGUCUGCUUCGUUAGGACAGGCAGGACAUAGAAUGCUCGAACAUCAUAUGAAUCACAAUAACAGAUCGGCAGUGUAUGCAAAUAUUCCACCACCAGUGAAUUUAUAUCAGCAAUUUCAUGGUUAUCGAAGCGGAUCGGAGUAUGGUCAAUCGAAUUAUGGUUACAACAGUGCCGGUUCGAGUCAGAUGCAUGGACCAUGGGCGUCCAGUUAUGGCAUGCGCCAGUCGAAUUAUCCAUCCUUGGAGUAUCAUCACCGUAAUCAGUACAAUAAUCAUCGUCAACAAUCCUCGCGGAACAGUUACCAGAGUUCACAGCAAGGCUAUCACAGUCAGCGAGGGAAUUACUCGUCGACUCGAGGAGGAGGUGGAGGAGGCCACCGAGACGGAUGGCGACGAACGAUGUAGAUGUUAGAGUAAGAGAUCGACUAAUUUUGUCGUUCAUCAUGCAAUAGUUAAGGAAUUCUAUAAAGAAUCACACACCGCGCAUUAUAAUUAUUUAGUUAAGGUUUAAGGAUCAUUGUCAAAGUACGCGUUCUAAAUAAAUGCAUCAAUUCGAAAAUGGUUUAACGAGACAUAUCGGAAUUCUUGACGGAUUUUUAGUGCAAUAAAAGAGCGCGAUUAUUGUCGACUGAUUACUGUUCAAACACUGUAUUUUUUAGUACCACAGUCAGAUUUUUUUUCUAACUCGAUGUUGUCUCAGAGAUAACAUUACGUAUUUCUAUUUUUAUUUCUAUUUUUGCACAUAUAGAUGCUUUUAACAAAUAUCAAUGUUUAAAUAUAUAUGCAAUAUGCUGCACAAGGGAUUUUUCCUGAUUAUAAAUCGAUCGAUAAAUUCUUAAUUGCAUAAAAUUUUUUGCAAAGAUACAAUAGCGAUUGUCAUUUUUGAUUUUUGUCGCGAGAUAUUGGGACAAAACGGAAAUAACAAUUUUACAAGAAAGCAGAUUCAAUCGAAGAGAAAACAAAAUUUAGUAUCUAUUUAUCGAUACUAAAAUGUUUUCUAUCAAACAUUUCAAUUUUUUUGUUAAUUUUAAUAUCAUAGAAUUCAUAAUCGAAAGAAAACCCGCAAAAACUGAUAUAGCGUUUGCUGCAUUUAUCGGAAACGAUAUAUAUUAAUUCAUAUAUUAAAAACAUGCGUAAAAAGCAUAAGCAAAGAUCAAGCAACAAAUCGCUUAAUAUUUUCAAUAAUAAAAAAUUAAAUUUAAUAAGAAAACAUUCAAUUAUAAUUUGUUUCUUAAAUUAUACUAUUAUAUGCUCUUUUUUUUUAUAAAUGCAAUAUGUUAUAUAGUAUUGAUACAUAUUGGCGAUUAUAUUGGCGACUACAUUCUUUUAGUAUGCGUAUGCUUAUCAGACGUCGGCUUUAUUUUUCGCAUUUAUGGGUAUAUCGGCAGAAGCCUAUUUUGUUCGAAUCUACGAACGUCUUUCUCGAUCAGGAUAUUUAUUCAAUCAGAUUGCACUUUUAUAACGAUCGAUAUGAUAGGAUAUGGUCGGAUACGGUAGGAUUCUGACGUCAUCGUAUUUGACGAUUAGAACGAGUACGUUGACGAAUACAUGUAAUUUGUGGAUUGUAUACUAAUGGCUAACGCGGUAAAAUAAUAAAUUAAGGAUACCAGUGUCGUUGCAUUGAAUUUCGCAUGUGAAACUGAAUACACAGUAAUGUAUGCUAAAUAUAAUGCCAAGGUAUAACGAUACACCGAUGUGGUACCGAAUGACCGAAUGGCAUUUGGAAUUUUUCUCUGUAUUGAAAUACAUGAUAUUUCCUUAAUGAA